AUGUUGAGAAAUGCAGGAUUUCACCGUAUUUAUGUAUUAUACCUGUCAUACUUGCGUGGCAAGUAUGGACAUAUGAAGAGAAAUAGAUAUCAGGAGGCUAUUGUAAGACAUAACAGGCUAUGUGCAUUUGUAAAAGGGCAAGCUAGAAAGGAGCGCCAGUAUUGCUUAUUUAUUUCUUCUGCAAUAUUUUCAAUCUCGGAAGAUGUUUGUCAGCAUGAUGGGAGACUUACGUUUGUAUCGGCGAAUGGCUUUAUGCGUACUUGCCUUUAUUACGGAACCAAAGGUUUUUUUUGCAGGUUGUCAGUUUUCGUGUUCUGCUUGGAAAAUUAUUUUGGAGAGAAUGAAGCUUUUGAGGGAACAAAUAUCGUAAAAUUUUCAUCGCUGAAUAAGUUCAAAAAUAAGAAAAAUAUUUCUGGUAAUCACAAUUUUCUCGGUCGGUUAGUUCUUGAGGGAAUCGGCAGUGGGAAGUUUAACGGUAUCCGUCCAGACGAAUGUUAUUCUUUUGAGCACGUGGAAGUAAUAAAAUCUUGUGUAAAAUGUAGUUCCUUUGAAAAGGACUCAUUAAAAGCCUGUUAG